AUGGCUGACAGCAUUCCCUUGAAUCCAGUACGAAACAAUUCAAAGAAAGCCGCCUAUUACAAUGCUGCUAGACCUGUCAGGUACCAGAGCGAAGACGACAUUUCCAACCUGGAUGAGAUGCCCCUAAUGAUGUCUGAGGAGGCCUUCGAGAAUGAGGAGAGCGACUACCACACGCUGCCCCGAGCCAGGGUCGGCCACAGACGUAGAGGCCUGGGCUGGUUCCUCUGCGGAGGCUGGAAGGUCCUGUGUGGAAGCUGCUGCGACUGCCUGCUCCGCACGUGCCGCAGGAGGAAAGAGCUGAAGGCCCGCACGGUGUGGCUCGGCUGCCCGGAGAAGUGCGAGGAGAAGUACCCAAAAAAUGGCAUCAAGAACCAGAAAUACAACAUCCUCACCUUCGUACCGGGGGUUUUGUACCAGCAGUUCAAAUUUUUCCUCAACUUGUAUUUUUUGGUGGUGGCUUGCUCCCAAUUUGUUCCAUCGCUGAAGAUUGGCUACCUGUAUACCUACUGGGCCCCACUGGGCUUCGUGCUGGCCGUCACCAUGGUGAGGGAGGCCGUCGACGAGGUGCGCCGCCAUCGGAGGGACAAAGAGAUGAACUCGCAGCUGUACAGCAAACUCACGGUCCGAGGUAAAGUCCAAGUGAAGAGCUCAGACAUUCAGGUUGGAGACCUCAUCAUCGUCGAGAAGAAUCAAAGAGUUCCAGCUGACAUGAUCUUUCUAAGAACCUCAGAGAAGACUGGUGCAUGCUUUAUCAGAACGGACCAGCUUGAUGGAGAAACAGACUGGAAGCUGAAAGUUGCCGUAGCCUGUACUCAGAGGCUGCCUGCAGUUGGGGAUUUGUUCUCCAUCACAGCAUAUGUUUAUGCUCAGCAGCCUGAGCUGGACAUUCACAGUUUUGAAGGGAACUUUACUCGGGAGGACUGUGACCCUCCCGUUCAUGAGAGCCUGAGUAUUGAGAACACUCUUUGGGCUAGUACUGUGGUGGCAUCUGGUACUGUAAUAGGCGUUGUAAUAUAUACAGGAAAAGAGACGAGGAGUGUGCUGAACACAUCUCAGUCAAAGAACAAGGUAGGCUUGCUGGAUCUGGAGCUGAACCGUCUGACCAAGGCACUGUUUCUGGCCCAGGUGGUGCUGUCCGUUGUCAUGGUAGCACUGCAGGGCUUCGUCGGACCCUGGUUCCGGAACCUGUUCCGCUUUGUGGUUUUGUUUUCCUACAUCAUCCCCAUCAGCCUGCGGGUGAAUCUGGACAUGGGCAAGUCGGCGUACGGCUGGAUUAUCAUGAAAGACGAGAACAUCCCUGGUACCGUGGUGCGGACCAGCACCAUCCCCGAAGAGCUGGGCCGCCUGGUCUACCUGCUCACCGACAAGACGGGCACCCUCACGCAGAACGAGAUGGUGUUCAAGCGCCUCCACCUGGGCACGGUGUCAUACGGGACGGAUACCAUGGACGAAGUCCAGAGCCACAUUGUGCAGUCCCACGCGCAGCCGUGCUCGGUUGCAUCCAGUGGCACUGGUGCCUCUGCCACGCCCUCCCACACGGCCACGCCCUCCGCCCCCAAGGUGCGCAAGAGUGUUGUAAGCCGUGUGCACGAGGCCGUUAAGGCCAUCGCGCUGUGCCACAACGUCACGCCUGUCUACGAGACACGCACCGGCAUGGCCGAGGCCGAGGGCACUGAGGCUGACCAGGACUUCGGCGACCACAACCGAACCUACCAGGCCUCCAGCCCUGAUGAGGUGGCUCUGGUGCGCUGGACGGAGAGUGUGGGGCUGACCCUGGUGAACCGAGACCUGACCUCUCUGCAGCUGAAGACUCCAGUGGGUCAGAUCCUCACCUUCACCAUCCUGCAGAUCUUCCCCUUCACCUCUGAGAGCAAACGCAUGGGCAUCAUCGUCAAGGAGGAGGCCACAGGUGAGAUCACCUUUUACAUGAAGGGAGCGGACGUUGCCAUGGCCAGCAUAGUGCAGUACAACGAUUGGCUGGAGGAAGAGUGUGGAAACAUGGCCAGGGAGGGGCUUCGCACGUUGGUGGUGGCUAAGAAGUCUCUGUCGGAAGAGCAGUAUCAGGACUUUGAGAGUCGCUAUAACCAGGCAAGGUUGAGCCUGUACGACCGGGCCCUGAAGGUGGCAGCGGUGGUGGAGAGCCUGGAGCGGGAGAUGGAGCUGCUGUGUCUGACUGGGGUGGAGGACCAGCUGCAGACCGACGUCAGGCCUACGCUGGAGCUCCUCCGCAACGCCGGCAUCAAGAUCUGGAUGUUGACCGGAGACAAGCUGGAGACAGCCACAUGCAUAGCCAAAAGCUCCCGCCUGGUGGCCCGAAGUCAGGACAUCCACGUCUUCAGGCCGCAGGUGUCCAACCGAGUGGAGGCCCACCUGGAGCUGAAUGCCUUCCGGAGGAAGCAUGACUGUGCGCUGGUCAUCUCGGGCGACUCCCUGGAGGUGUGUUUGCGUUACUACGAGCACGAGUUGGUGGAGCUGGCGUGUCAGUGCCCCGCCGUGGUCUGCUGCCGCUGCUCACCCACACAGAAGGCCCAGAUCGUCCGGCUGCUCCAGCAGCACACAGCCAACAGGACGUGUGCCAUCGGAGAUGGAGGGAACGAUGUCAGUAUGAUCCAGGCUGCAGACUGUGGUAUUGGCAUCGAAGGGAAGGAGGGCAGGCAGGCGUCUCUGGCGGCCGACUUCUCCAUCACACAGUUCAAGCACAUCGGCCGCCUGCUGAUGGUUCACGGCCGCAACAGCUACAAGCGCUCCGCCGCCCUCGGUCAGUUCGUCAUGCACCGCGGCAUGAUCAUCUCCGCCAUGCAGGCUGUUUUUUCCUCCAUCUUCUACUUUGCGUCCGUGCCCUUGUACCAAGGGUUCCUCAUGGUGGGUUAUGCCACCAUCUACACCAUGUUCCCUGUCUUCUCCCUGGUGCUGGACCAGGACGUGAAGCCUGAGAUGGCUUUGCUCUACCCCGAGCUCUAUAAAGACCUCACCAAGGGACGCUCGUUAUCAUUUAAAACCUUCUUUAUUUGGGCCUUGAUAAGUGUUUAUCAAGGGGGCAUCCUGAUGUAUGGGGCGCUGGUGCUCUUCGACCAGGAGUUCGUGCACGUGGUGGCCAUCUCGUUCACGGCGCUGGUGCUGACCGAGCUGCUGAUGGUGGCCCUGACCGUGCGCACCUGGCACUGGCUCAUGGUGAUGGCUGAGUUCCUCAGCCUGGGCUGCUACCUCGCCUCGCUCGCCUUCCUCAACGAGUACUUCGGCAUAGGUAGAGUGUCCUUAGGAGCGUUCUUGGAUCUGUCGUUUAUUGCGACGGGAGCGUUCCUGUGGAAGGUGUGUGUGAUCACAUUGGUCAGCUGCCUGCCUCUCUACAUCAUCAAAUACCUGAAACGCAAGUUCUCCCCACCCAGCUACUCUAAACUUUCCUCCUGAAUGUGCGCCCGGGGCAAACGUUGCGCAUUUAUAAGCGUAUAUAGCGGCUUUGAGACACUCGUACAGCAGCUACGACAGUAAAUCGCACGGCGGCUUUAACUAUCUGGGGCUUGGACUAUUUGGUUGGAACUCUGGAUUCUGUAAAUGCGUUAUCAAGCUGUUAUUUACGGUUUAUAAGUGCCUAAUUAAUGUGUUAUGCCUUGUUUGCCUCGUACUGCAAAGUACUGCGUCACAGCGCUUUUUUUUUAAAUUGGCUUGUAGAUGAUUCAUGUGGGCUGUCACAGGAGAAAAUGCAACAGUCCUGUGAGUACUUGAAAAGAUUAAGCACAAAAAUGACCAAGAAUUAAGUGGUUAUUAAGAGAACCUUCAAAAUCCCUGACGUGACAAGUGUUUGAUGGUUACCUCUUCUGUUUCUGUCCACUCCACUUCUAAUCUAUAAUCUGUUUACUUUUUGUGAUUUUUUUUUUUUGUUUCUUAUGAGGAUUUGGAGAUUUUUCUAGGCUUUCAUUUAUGUUAUUUGGUGGUUUACAUAGCAGCAGUUUGAGUGGAGAUUUGUGAAGUCCUCAGGAGGUAAUUAUUAAGCCUUUAUCAAAAUAAUGUAACUACUACUGCUGAGAGCCUGUAAAAUGUGUGUGUGUGUGUGUGUGUGUGUGUGUGUGUUUCCCUCAGCUGUAGUCUUCCUUUGUAAAUGGUUUUCUGAACGCUGCUGGUUGUAGGAUUGUUGACUGAUGCUUUUUGAGGCCAUUUUGUAUUCUGCUUGCCUGUGAUGCUGUGUGUGCAACGGAUUCACAGUGGGCAGCUCGGAGUGACCAGAUCACAAGCACAGUAUGACUACCCCACAGAGACACCAGCUACAGAGUGCAAGGAAGGGGCCCAAGCCCCAUGCGACCCCCACAGUAGGACCUUAGUCGUUAGGGAGCAAGAUCUUCGUAACAGACUUUCCUGUGUGUGUGAUUAUCGUGCACGCGUUCAAAAAGCACUGGCCAUUUCAGCUGGGGAUUUAACAGACUCCACAUUUGCCUGCUCACCAUGAACGCUUAGUUACAUCAGUGCUAAGAACAGAGACCUCCAGAGUUACGACCUGAAUGUAACAUAACUAGUGCUGAAAAUCAUGUGAUUUAAUUCCUUAUGGUAUCAACAAAGGUUUAUGUGUGAGUUAAACUGAAACAUUGCAACAUGAAAUGGUUGUUUAAAUUCCAGGCGUGCAUGUUUGGGGUGUGUGCUCCAGUUGCCCAUGUGUGUACACACUUCAUCAACUACAUUGCUGUCGCAGCGUGAUCACAAUCAGAGGGCCGAAAUCAUGAUCACUGGACUUGAUCUUUCUCUUCUAAAACUGGUGUAAUUUGAGUUGAUUCAGUGAAAUGAAUAUUUUGCCUCACUUUGUGCACUAAGUCGUCGACCAGUUUGCUUGAGGAUGAGUUUUAUCAUUCUCUCUUUGUAUAUGUGUGUGUGUGUGUGUGUGUGUGUGUGUGUGUGUGUGUGUAUACGUGUGCAUGCGUGCAUGCAAGAGCAUUUUCAGUUAUAAAAAAAGGGAACUGUAAACUUGUAUAGUGGGUUUGUUUGUUUUGGUUUUUUUUGCUUUUCUGUGUGUAAUGAUUGUUUGGCAUGCAUUUCAGUUGUGCUGUAUUCUGAUUAAUCUUCCAGUGUCUGAUCUUGUUGUCUUGUCUUCAUGGAGCGAACUGUUGUUGAUUUUUUUAUUCUGUUAUAGUAUUUGGUGGUUUUUGAAGGCGCUACUUUUAUACAAAAGUAUUUAAUGUUUAAGGAGUAAAUUAACCUGCUGAAGUGUUACUGUGGUGAUAACAAUUGAAGCCUUUGCUUUUGGUGAGCUUGCUGUCAGUGUCAAAACACUUUUUUUAAUGUUUUGAUUUACAUUGUCAGUGUUACUUGUUGAUUAAACAUAUGGUUAAAUAGAGCAAUAGAUUUAAUAAAAUUAAUACUUAA